AUGGGAUACUGCUAUGGCAAUGUCAAGACCCACAAGCCAGGCAACAAAUUAAGACCCAUAAUAUCGCAAAUUCCCAUUCCUACCUACUACAUUGCUAAAAGACUGUGCGCCCUCCUCACACCGUACAUUCCUACCUCCUGUUGUCUGCAGUCAGCCUCAGAUUUCAUCGAUAUCCUCAACAACAGCGACGCAGAAGGAAGAGUUGCCUCACUAGAUGUCGAAUCCUUGUUCACGAAUGUUCCAGUGGAUCGCACCAUCAACUACAUCAUGGAACGUGUUUAUCACAAUGAAGCAACACCUAAGCUUGCGAUCCCAGAAGCUGUACUCCGAGAACUGCUGGAGUGUUGCACUAAAGAAGCACCUUUUACCUGCCCCCGCGGUAACAAGUACUGCCAGGUAGACGGCGUGGCAAUGGGUUCUCCUCUCGGUGUACUCUUGGCAAACUUCUUCAUGGGUUGCAUCGAGGAGGAAGUUUUCAAGAAAGUAAAAAAGCCGGAUAUAUAUUGCCGUUAUAUUGACGACAUUUUCAUCAAGACAAAGGACGCAGCCGAAGCAGAGCAUCUUAGACUUCACUUCCAAGAAACAUCUGGGCUAACAUUUACUAUGGAAAACAGCAAAGAUGGAGCCAUGCCCUUUCUCGACGUCCUAGUGCAACAAGAAGAAGGAAGAUUUACCACCAGCGUCUACACAAAACCAACGAAUCCUGGACUCUGCUUGAACGGACGAAGUGAGUGUCCCACGAGGUACAAGGAUUCCACUAUCUCAGCCUACAUCAGAAGAGCGCUUACACACUGCAGCACGUGGAAACAGGUCCACCAAGAAAUAUAA